ACCCUCAGGUGGCAACACCUUCCUCAGCCGUGAUGUCGUCUCCUCUCCGGUCAACUCCUGCAAAGACUACUCACGCCCGCGGCACGCCCACACACGCCCGACCCACCAUGGCUCUCACCUCUCCCUUGCGGACCACCUACCAACAGACCGUACCGUCGCCCACUCGGGGGUGUCCAGUGGUGGUAGCGUCCUCUCCCAGCCGCCCCGCCCACGCCACUACCUCGCCCUCCCACGCCGCCACCUCGCCCUCCCACGGCCUCUCCCAGAGUCCUCACGUCACCUGUGCGUCAGCGUGCACGCCCAAGACCACGCCCUCUACACAGCACGCCAGCAGCAAGCUCGCCCACCUCGUCCCCUGCUCGUCCCCACCACUGGUGAAGGAGAGCCCCGACGUGGCCAAGUCUUGCGGGUUCUCAGGGCUGCUGCAGGAGAUGGGCGUGAUGCCCCUGAAGGAGGAGGACACGACGGACGACUCCAUGGGGGAAGAUGAGGAUGGCGACGAUGACUUCGAAAAAGAAGAACAGAAGAAGCCUGGAGAGGACAACAGACGGCGCAAGGCAGGUGGGCGUGGCGGUGGGCGUGGCAGGACCAGAAGCCCCCAGCAAGUCGCUCGCGUGCGACGCAACCGCCGCAUGAAGGCAAACGACCGCGAGCGGCAUCGCAUGCACAUGCUGAACAACGCGCUGGACCGCCUGCGGACUGUCUUACCCACCGCGCCUGACGACACCAAACUGACCAAAAUCGAGACCCUCCGCUUUGCCCACAACUACAUAUGGGCACUCAGCGAAACACUCAAGGGUUUAGACUCACACGCGCCCACACACCCGCAGCACUUGAGUGUAAGUGUGGGCGUGAGCGGCGCCCCCGUGAGCCAACAGGUCCCCGCCGACGUCAGCAUGUACACGGGUGGCGCCCUGGCACCGCCGUCGUCUUACUGCGGGCAGACGAGCGAGGCGGACAUCUGGGGCACCGCCAGCGUCAGUGUGGGCGGCACCUUCACUCCUGGCGCCGCCCACCCGCAGUACAUGCACUACCCGAGCCUCCCCUACCAGUGCCUGUGAGCCCCUCAUACCACGCCCUUCCCACUCUCCUGCUGUGCCUCCUAAUUAGUGCCUCCACCACCGUGUCCAUCCCACCUUCUAGUGCCUGAAGCUUAUGGCUUCCUUACCGACCAGCAGUUGUCUUCUGUUGUACUACUGACUUUCACUGUUCCAGCACGCCGUUAGGCCUCGGAACUUAAAGAAAUCUUUGGAUUGUGUAACAGAUUUUUUGUAUCAAAUUACCCGUAAGAAAGUAUAAGAAGGCGCUGCCUGUUCAGUGUUCCCGGACUAGCGAUCAACACUCCCGGACAGUGUUCCCGGACAGUGUUCCCGGACAGUGUUCCCGGACAGGUUGUUCCACCUGCACUAAGAACAAACACAUGUACAAAUAUUCGUUUAGUGUCAUUACAUAGAAGCCGCCGAGUCUUAGGCUUCACUACUCAUGAGGAAGGAGUGAUAGAACUGUCUUCGCCUCUUACACAUGCUAGUCAACACAGUUCCUGCUCUCACCAGUCCUUGUGAGGUUCUGGACCUUAUGGCCUUCUUGCUUGUGAUUUGGUUAAUUUUAUAUAGGUUUCACUCUGAAAUGAAUUCCCGCGCGUGAUGUUGAAUAGUUGCCAUAUCGCCUCUGAAUUGUCUGACUUUGUCAUCAUGGCAAUAAAAGACUUGAGUAUUAGCUCUUGGUCUUGGAGGCGGAGCUCUCAGACACCUCCCUGAGUGUCAUCCCAUAACUAAAUGUUGUUAAGCAUUUAUGCCUAACAACAAAAGUUGUAGCACAACAAAAAAAAGACAAAAGUUUUGAUUUCUUUUCCUCAGCUCAACUAUUCACGCCGAGAGUUGUUAGUCCUAAACAUUGCUCAGAACUGAAGUGAACUUAAUGAUUGUUUAAUAAACCAUGACCUUAAUAACCCUUCGAGGUUAUUAAAAAUAUUAUUGCUCAACACUAACUUAAAACUCGUCACUCCGUCUCUGGGAAGGAAAAAUGUGUGUAAAUACUGGCCGUGUGAAGUGUUUGGGGCCACCAGACAAAUAUUUAUCACCAGUUGAUUGACAGUUAAGAGGCGGGACCAAAGAGCCAGAGCUCAACCCCCGCAAGCACAACUAGGUGAGCACACCCCAGCACGCGUCACCUUAACAAAGAGAUUUUUUAUUAUUUGCCAAUUUUAAUUUACCGCUUUAUUAAAUAUGCGUUUGUGUAAUCGAUUUUCUUUUGCAAUUAUAAAUUGAAAACAACAUUUCACCUGCAGCCAAUCUACUUAUACAGAACCAAUUACCUUAUUAUAACGCAGUUGUUAUGCGUCACUGACUUAGGAUUAGACCCGUGUGUGCCACAAGUAAUUAGGUUUAAUGUAUCCAAUGGGCAUCCCCCGUCCAUUAACCAGACCCAUUAUGUGUCACAAGUGUGUCGAGUCGCCCGCCUUACAGCGACCUAGUGUGUGUACGUAUAUGUAAGUGACAGUCACGUGUGUACGUAUAUGUAAGUGACAGUCAUGUGUGUACGUAUAUGUAAGUGACAGUCAUGUGUGGAUAAGAACGAAUCAAAGAGCGUGUUAAGUUUAUGUGAGUGCCCAAGAGUGAUAAUAUUGGUGAGGACUAGGAUGAAUAGUCGUGUGAAGUGUGUGUGUGUGUGUGUGUGUGUGUGUGUGUGUGUGUGUGUGUGUGUGUGUGUGUGUGUGUGUGUGUGAAGUGUGUGUAUGUGUGUGUGUGUGUACCCGAAGGCAAGUGUGUGAAAAUAUGAGUGAAUAUAAUGUACAUAUUUAUAUAUUUUUUUAAAGUGUGUGUAAAUCCUGAUAUUUAAGGAAUACGCGUGUCUAAACUCGCUGUAAUAAAUAUAUAUAUAUAUAUAUAUAU